GUGAGUAUGGACGACACACGCCGACGAUUGGACAUAUGACUUCAUGAUAUACGAUUGUUGUAUUUUGUGUCAGUCGGCGACUGUAUUGUAUAUUAGUUUUGAGUUGAGCUGCUAUGGCAAGAGACAUAUAAAUCACAUGGAAAAUUCCCCAGCUUCAAAAUGUCAGAAUGUGUUUUUGUGAAUAUUUUUUUUAUCGUGUCAGACUAUGAAGUGCAGGACCAAGGCACACAGUGGGGUUUGUUAACAGGAUAACAGCAGUUAGCACAUCAAGGAUUCUUCAAAGUUUGCAGAAAUGGCCAAAAUGAGAGGACCACGCAAGUCACCUGGAACAAAUAAGGCGGAAGUUCCUACUGCCUCCCAGACAACAAGUAGUCCACCAAGACUGCAAAUAGAUUGGCGUCGUAUCUUCAUUAGGAUUCUUAUGAUGACUGGUAUUAUGGUUGCUGUCUAUUACACUAAAGCAACAGACUUGGUCACCUUCGUAACACAGAAAGAAGAAGUUCUCAGCCGCUCUGUUGAUAUUACUUGCUCUGAAGACUAUGCGCAGGAGCUUUUGCAUUUUCCUGGUUGUACACCUAGGAAGUGUGGUAGAGUAGUGUUUGAUACUCUCGUGAAGCCGUCUGAGGUUGCUGCAUUACUCAACAUAGCACAGAGAGGACUGUCAAUGGGAGGUUCUACUGGUGGAGCUUCUAUCCUUGAUUUGCACUCAGGGGCUCUGUCACAUGGCAAUGCUUUUGUCAAUAUCUUUAAAUUGGAAGAGGCGAGAAACAUAUUCACAGAACAAGACUUCAAAAUAUAUAGUUUUGUCAAAAAUAAGAUUCACAAAGCUAUAGUGGAUCAUUUUGGCAUUGAAAAAAAAGGGCUUUACCUGACACAUCCGACCUUCUUCUCUCGCAUCACACCUGCUCCUCCACAAACAGUUCAUGAUGAGUACUGGCAUCCUCAUGUUGACAAGGAGACUUAUGAGUCUUUCCAUUACACAUCAUUAUUAUAUCUAACUGAUUAUAAUUAUGACUUUGAGGGUGGACGGUUCAUCUUCAUUGAUAAGGACUCCAACAAAACUGUUGAGCCACGUUCAGGGAGAGUUUCUGCUUUUACCUCUGGGUCUGAAAACCUGCAUCAUGUAGAGAGAGUCACAAAAGGCACCAGGUAUGCUGUGACAGUGUCCUUUACAUGUGACCCCAAGCAUGCUAUUAGUGAUCCUGUUCUGCAGAGGUGACUGCAGUUUGGAGGAAGAAUGCAUUAGAAUUGAGUCUUCAUUAUUUCAGUGUUUCAUUGUAGGUUGAUUUAUAAUUUGGAAAAAAGAAUAUAAAAUCCAGGUUGAAAAAAAGCAAAAACUUCUAGAGAUAUUUUUUUCCUUUUGUUAAAAUUGUUUUUAAAUAUUGCCAGUAUUUGAAUCAGUGUUAGUGUUGAUAUUCAUAGUUAUUUAUGAAUGCUGAUGUAAUUCAAGGUAAAGUACCAAUGACUUGGACUUGCACAAAUAAAGUAUGACAUGACAGGAAAUAUGUGUAUAUCCAUUAGAUUUGGACAAUAAGUGCCCUUUGGAUUUUCAGCAAAUGAAAUGUUCUUGCAACAGGCAGUUUGUCUGUCAGGCUUUUUCUAGGGAUUUUUUACAAAGCCCAACAACUUUUCAAAAUUGCAGAUAUUGCAGUUAUUAGGAUUAUAAAAUGAAACUAUGUGGUUUUUAGUUUUUAAUUUUUUGGUGCAAAAUUUAGGUGCUCAAAUUCCAAAUUAUCAGUAUAUAUAAAGUAUUAUUAUUGGUGAUUUACUGAAGAAAAUCAAUAAAUAUCAUCACCUAAUAAUUAUUGUUAUAGAAGAAUUGUUAACUGAACUUGAUCUCUUUUGUCAAAGUUAUUAAUUCUUUCUUUUUGAAGAGUAUUUCUUUCUGUCCUUAAUCAGAGUUAUUAUCAUGGAUAAUUCAGUUUCUUUACUGUAGGUUGUAGCAAUCUAUUGAUUUUUCAUCUGGACACUUAAAGCAUUAUGCCUUGGCUGCACCCUUGGCAAACACAGUAUUGAUAUUAAAUGCGUUUAGUAGUUCCUAAAUAUUAUGACAUGCAGUGUAGAUGUAAUUAAUUUUAUUAUGCUUAAUUAUAUUUUUGAGAAUAAUGAUAUAAUACAUGUAGUGGACUCCUGGGACAAACAGCAUGAUGGUUGCAAGAAGCAUCUGGAGUCAGUGACACCAAGAGAUUUCUGAUGCAGUCAUUUUAGGGAUAUACUUAAUAUACUCAUUGGGUAUUUGUGGACCUAUCAGAAAUUUGUUAUGAUUACAGCACUGAAUUGUAGUACUGGUUAGAUUAAAAACAAAAUUGUAUAAGAAUAUUGACAAUAUUAACAAUUUCCAAUAACUAUGAAUGAAUGAAUUAAGAUUUCAAAGUAAAGUCUGAACAUAUGUGUCAAAAGAACUGCUAACCUUUUGAACAAAUGCUUUGUUGUGCUGUUGUUUAUUUCAGUAUUGUAUUGAGAUUUGACCAGCUUAAUCACAGUAUUGUCAGGAAGUCAGGAAUUUGCAUUUAUUCUGGAUUACAGGAUGUACAUUUCAAUUCUCUGCAUAGUUUGCAUUCCAGUAUUGUGUAUUGUACCAAGAGAUUCUUGGGUUUAUCCAGACUUAUGGUGAAGGGUUGUGUUGCUUGGGGUUUGGUUUUACUUGUUUGCUGUGAUGUCUGAUAUUCCAUUUUUGUUUUAUUUCUUAAUUUUCUUGUUCAGAUACAAUAACUGUAAACAUUUCACCAUGCCUGGUCACAUCUUGUUAGGUUUAACCCAGUGCUGCUGGGCAUGGCAUGUAUGUACAUUCCAUGCCCACUGUGAGUUUACUUUAUUAAUUGUUUUUACACAUAGAUGGCUAUACUUGUACUAAGUCACCAAUGAGCCAGUUAUAAGUACUGCCUGUCUC